UGGCGCAAAUCAGAGGAGGCUUGUAAAUAAAUACUGUGACAACUGCAAAAGAAAUACAAGAAUCUGCUGCUAGUUUCUCUACGAUCUGAUUCGAUUUCUGAAAUUUGAACUGUGAAGGAAGAUGCCAAAAGUCCAUUACCUGAACACAAUAAGAACCUUUGAUAACGACGGAUUCAAAAAAAGGGCUGGUUGUCUGUGUUUUCGGACCGAGGCAGAGAACGAGGUUCUAUUGGUGUCUAGUUCAAAAACACCUGAUAAGUGGGUUGUGCCAAGUGGUGGUGUUGAACCAGAUGAAGAUUUUGCAACUGCUGCCUUACGGGAAGUUGCUGAGGAGGCUGGCGUGAAGGGAAAUCUAGGUCGAUUCCUUGGCACGUUUGAGAACGACAAGCGAAAACAUCGAACAGCUGUAUAUGUCCUUAUAGUCACAGAAGAAUGCGAAGAUUGGUACGAGGGCAAAUGUGGCCGUGUUCGAAAAUGGUUCCCCGUUGAUUCGGCAACAGCGAUGUUGAGGGAAUGUAAACCGUUUCAAGCUAGUUAUCUUGACAAAGCUGUAACGACCAGGUGACAGAAUUUGUCUCCAACGUCCUUCCUGGGAAGGAGAACGUGACGUGUGAAUGUGCGUGCGUGUGGAGAAUUCGUGCAAUUCUAUGCAAGAUCACUGUUUGUAUAUAUACGUCUGUAAGACGAGAUUUCUGGAGAUUUCGGGAGAUUUCUCAAGUGUGCACCAAGAUUUUUGAUGUACGCGCGGCUCUUAAAAACUAGUAUAACUGUAUAUUUUAUAUUUAUUGCAGAGUGGCUCAAAUAAAUUUUUUUAUUGUUAUCCGGUAUCUUUGACUUGCAUGCCAUAAAAAACUCACUAUUCAAGCGGGCAAAAUUUUGCUGCCACCAUUUGUCAAAAAAUAUUCACAGACUGUACAAAUAUGAAUAGGCCUCUGAUCUCAUUGAUCAUGCACUGACAUAUGCAGUCAGCAAUGUAUUGUUGUUGGCCGGUGGUUAUGCAAAAUCCAUAAACAUUGGCAAUAUUUCCCAGAAUGUGUUCAUUUCAUAUUUUCGAAUAUUUUAAGUUUAAAUCGACCCUAAAAUUUGUAGGACAGGAACACGACGACGACGGCUAUCAAUACAAUGGAUGAUGCAUUAAAAAGAAAAGAAUAAUUAAUAAGGACCUAAGGGAGUUUUAGUCGUCAUCAUCGUUCUAUUUACAACGGAAAACAUCGUUUGAUAAAAUAUAUACAAUAUGCCAUAGCAUUUAUUUGCUAUAGCAUUUAUUUAAAGGAGUAUUUCAGCCGCGUCGACGUCGUGUUGCCGUCCUACAUGUUUAAGGUCCCUAAGGCUAAUUCUCAGACACACACCCCUGCAUCGGAUCAUAUAGCUCAGUGAGAAUAAAAAAGGACAUCGUAGUUGCGUGUCGAUAAGAAUGAAUUGCGACCGGUUUCAAAAGGAAUAACAAAUGAUAUAAUUGAUUGCAUACUCUAGAAUGAUUUUUAUUUCGAUAGCGCUGAUUGGUUAAAAUAUAAACGCGAGAUCACCGGCUAAUUUUACAUAAGAUUUGUCUGUUCCAAGCGUUCACUGACUGGUCGACAUACUAAAGAAUAAGAUGUAGGCGAAAUAGAAAAUAAAAAGGGAAUGAUAUAAUAAUUUCAAUUAAUAGCGAAAUUGUACUUACAAAAACGAAAUUUCAUUACCCUAUUGCUUACAUGCAUGAAUGCUUUUGGAUGGCGUAUAAAUAACACAAACUAAUGAAAUUUCGAUCGAAAAAGUCGAUCGAAAAACACGGCAAAGAAUCUUCAUUUUCAAUAUCGCUGGAAUUUUAGUGGAAUUACCGGAGUGUGUAUGGGUCGUAUGACUAGGUGAAUUAAGAGACCUCAAGAUACACCAAAUCUACAAAUCUACGUGAAGUAACACUGUGGAUCGAUAUUUCACAAUUUCAGAAGGAAUGAAAAUCGUAUAGACCCCCAAAUUUAGUAAACCAGGUCAGGGGCCGGUUCUUCGAAAGACGUUAAAUGGUGGAUAAGCCAAAGUGUAAAAAUACUCUUUUACAUCUUGUGAUUGACUGAGACUACAUCUUAUGUAUUAAA